GUCCUAUUGGCCGUCUCUCUCGUAACGUGUCAACACCGGAUAUAUGACGGUACUUGUCAGAAAUUAUUUCAAAUAAACAUGAAAUGAAGCCGUCAAACAGGAUUUAGAAGUGCAAGAAGUCACCAUGGAUGAUAUACAGAAACUUCCAAUCGACAUACAGACCAGCAAACUGCUAGACUGGCUGGUAGAUCGACGUCACUGUAACCUAAAGUGGCAGAAUGAUGUGAAAGUGAUCCGGGAGAAGAUCAACGUGGCCAUGCAGGACAUGCCGGAGAGCGAGGAGAUCAAGCAGCUCCUCUCAGGAUCUUACAUCCACUACUUCCACUGUUUGAGAAUUGUGGAGAUCCUGAAGGGCACGGAAGCUUCUUCCAAGAACAUUUUUGGCAGAUAUUCCUCCCAGAGGAUGAAGGACUGGCAGGAGAUUGUGUCGCUGUAUGAGGCAGAAAACAUCUAUUUAGCCGAGGUGGCCAGCUUGCUGAGUCGGAACGUGAACUACGAAGGUCCUGCUAUGAGGAAGCAGCUGGCCAAAGCCAAGCUGCUCCAGCAGGAGAUGAGCCGGCGGGAAGUGGAGUGUCAGAGAUCUUCUGCCGACCUGCGGGAACGUUACUACGCCACAUGCAAGCAGUACGGCAUCAAGGGGGACAAUGUUCCUCGCGAGCUGCAGGGUCUGCUCAAAGAUCUACCAGAUGUUCUUGACAAGGUGGGACAGGACGCCGCCAUGUUGGAGGAUAAAAUCCAACUUUACACCUCCUUCACCAACUUUGUGUGCGAGUGGUCGGAACCGGUUCUGCCCAUGUGCACCUUCAUCCAAAGCAGAGGGAACGCCACCUUCUACGAGUGGAGGACUGGCACCGCCCCCACCGUGGUGGAGAGGCCGCAUGUGGAGGACACGCCUCCUGAAGCACUCGCUGAAGACGCGAUCGAUUGGGGAGACUUUGGCACGGAGGAGGCCAAGUGUGGAGUGACGAUGGAGGACGAGAUCGAUUGGGGGAUCAGUCUGCAACCCAACUCUGAGCAAGAUGGCGGCGGCGACAAUGACUGGGGCGACGCCGACGUCGGCCCCGUUGGGAUCGAAGUCGUCCAAGCGGGCACAGACUGUCCUGAAGGUGUGGCCAGAGGCCAGGAUGCUUUGAGUAUCCUGGAGAACGCUCAGUCCCGGGGACAGUUCAUUGAUGAGCUCAUGGAGCUGGAGGCCUUCCUGAGUCAGCGUGUGGCUGAGAUGGGACAGGAGAGUGACGUGGUGGCCAUGAGUCAGUUCCAGUCUGCGCCCGCCAUCAUCCAAGGUCAGAGCAGCGAGCACCUGCACAGGAUGCUGACACAGGUGUGCCACCUGUUGGAACCACUCACCACGCUGAGGAUGCAGCACCUCUUCAUGAUCCUUGCCUCGCCACGCUACGUGGAGCGUGUGGCUGAGAUGCUGCGGCAGAAGAUGAAGCAGGCCGACGUUCUGGAGCUGAAGGCUGCCAGCAUGGUGGAGAGGAGGCAGGAGGCGCUAGAGGAACAGUCCAGACUGGAGCCUCGAGUGGACCUGCUGGCGGCUCGCACACUGGAGCUGAAGAAACUGAUUGAAGGUGACAUUUCCAAACGCUACAACAACCGACCUGUCAACCUGAUGGGCGUCAACAUUUAAACACAUCAACAAAUAUUAGUAAUAAAGAUUUUAUUUCA